AAGUUAGGAAACUUUCCCGUCCCUGGCAAGAGCAAGCUGUUCCCUUGCAGCACACUGUGUGCGAGUUAAAAGCAGUUACACUUUCCUGGCCCAUCCACUUGACAGCCCUAGUCCCGAGUGCCAGAGCAGGGGACACAGUGCCAGCAUGUCCCCUCCUACCCCUCUGCCUGUGGUGUCAAACUCACCACCCUUAGAGCAGGGGUACGCAGCUCCUUUGCCUGACAUGAAGUUGGUCACAUCCAGGCUCUGCCUGCAGGAUCCUGACCCCAUUCUCUCUGGGUGUGCCCAAAACAUGGGCACGAGCCUGAAGGAAGAGCCAGUGGGAAUGUGCCAUGCACCUUUGACCUUAGGACAUGCCAACUCUGAUUGCUUGGGCGGGAGCAUGUGGCUGUAUAAAAGCCCUGGAGGAGACCUUGCUCUGGCAGUGUGAGCCAGUCUCUCUGCACAAUGGCUGACCCCAAAGAGCCUGGGAAUGGGGCUGUGGAGCUGGGCACCCCUAAUGCCGCUGCCCCCACAGGGACCAUGUCCACCCGGCGCCUCCGCAGUGAGGACUACAAUGACUACAGUUCCACAGACGUCACUCCGGAGGGGAGCCCUCCCGACGGCAUGAACGGCUUCGCACACCCCGAGUCCUACCAGCGCUUCGGGGAGACCAAUGGGACAACGUGGUACCAGACCCUGAUCCAUCUGCUGAAGGGGAAUAUUGGGACGGGGCUGCUGGGACUGCCUCUGGCUGUGAAGAAUGCUGGCAUCCUGCUGGGUCCUCUGAGCCUGCUGGUGAUGGGAGUCGUGGCUGUGCACUGCAUGGGCAUCCUGGUGAAAUGCGCCCAUCACUUCUGCAACAGGUUCCAGAAGCAGUUUCUGGACUAUGGAGGUGCUGUGAUGUACGGGCUGGAGGCAACUCCCAGUGCCUGCCUGAGGACACAUGCCAUCUGGGGAAGGCGUAUAGUGGGACUUUUCCUGAUCAUCACUCAGCUGGGUUUCUGCUGCGUGUACUUUGUCUUUCUGGCGGACAAUCUGAAACAGGUUGUGUCUGCUGCAAAUGGGACCACCAAUGACUGCAGCUCAAACAGGACAGUGGUGAUGACCCCCACCAUGGACUCUCGCCUGUACAUGCUUUCCAUCCUGCCUUUUGUGGUGCUGCUCACGUUUAUCCAGAACCUCAAGGUCCUCUCCAUCUUCUCCAUGCUGGCCAACGUGGCCAUGCUUGUCAGCCUUGUUGUGAUCUACCAGUACAUCGUCAGGGACAUUCCUGAUCCCAGAAACCUGCCUCUGGCAGCAGCCUGGAAGACCUACCCUCUGUUCUUUGGCACUGCAAUCUUUGCUUUUGAAGGCAUCGGUGUGGUGCUGCCUCUGGAAAACAAGAUGAAGAACCCGCGGCAGUUCCCAGUCAUCCUCUACGUGGGGAUGACCAUUGUCACCAUCCUGUACAUCAGCCUGAGUGUCCUGGGCUACCUGCGCUUUGGGGCCGACAUUCAGGCCAGCAUAACACUCAACCUGCCCAACUGCUGGCUGUACCAAGCUGUCAAGCUGCUCUUCUCCUUUGGGAUUUUCUUCACCUACGCCGUGCAGUUCUACGUGCCUGCCGAGAUCAUCAUCCCUCCCCUCGUGGCGCGGGUGUCGGAGCGCUGGGGCUGGCUGAUCAACCUGCUCCUCAGGGUGGCCCUGGUCUGUGUGACCUGAAGGAGAACCACUUCUCUGCCGUUGAUUGCAACCACGUCCAGACAGCCCCUGAACCCCCGUGUGACUCGCUGGGACUGCAGCGACUGCCGGAGGCCCCCAAAAAUCAGGUCUCGUCUGCCCUGGGAGAUCCUACAGGUCCCUGGCAGUUGGAGAGAGACAUUCCCCAGGCCAUCGAUGAGCAGGCGGACAGAAGCGUUCUUCACCUCCAGGAACACCGAGUGCCACUCGCCAUCGCUCACAAACCGUGAGGAGGAGAGGUUCCCAGGGGAGCUCCCCCGGCAGCUGUAGCCAAGCUGAGGCACUCCAUUAACCACCUGUGAAAUACAGAAGGUACAGGUAGCUGUGACAUGGGUGGCUGCUGUUUAUGAAGGAUCUCAACAUUUCUCGCGCUGCUUGUUCCCCUCUCUCCUGGCAUUCACACUGAGAUGACUCCCAUCUUUCUGAUUCCAAGAAGUACCAAAUGCAGCCCCUUUCACCUUUUUUUAACCUCUGCCUGGAUCAACUGAGUGACUGCAACCCCUUUAUUUUGCAAAACACCUUCAUCUCUCUGGCACUAUUUCACCCAUGGUCCUUCCUGGCAGCCUUUGACCAGCGUGCAAGAAGGGAAGCUCAUCUUUCCACAUAGCAGAGAGCAGAGCCAUGGGAUCAUACAGCUACUGCUGCAGCUGUUUGCCCUUUCUCCCACCUUCCUGAGCCUGAUCAGAGCCCUGGAAUUCAGACUAUCCAUAAGUGCACCACCACAGAUGGACUCUUGUUCUGGGCCACGUGGCUUUUGUUCUGUUCUCACUGUCUCAUUAGUGGUGGGGAAGGUGCUGGAGCAGCUGCCCCUUUGGCAGGAGUGAGGGUGGUAAAACAAUCUUAUUGAGGAGAAGCACUGGCAGAUUUCUCUGGAGGAGAAAGGAGGACUUGGGAAGCAGAGAAAGGAAUUACUCUUGUAGCCGUGCUGGAAAACCAUGCCAGAGUUACUGAUAUGUUCUGCAAUCCAGUCCUUGAUCUCCACCAGACUGGAGAGAGACAAGGUGUUGAGCUGCUGAAAGUGAACCACACCAACAUCUUCUGCAUUAAACUGGGACAUCAGAAAUUCCUAUUUCUGGCCCAAGAUUCAUCUUUAAAAGUCAUACAGGAGAGAGAAAGGAGAAGUUAGCUGUGUUGUUUCAGAAUGAAGUCAGGGUUAAACCCAUUUUUCACCUUUACCUCCCCAGUGCUUUGUUGAUAAAACCUCUCUCUCUCAGAAGCCAAAAGCCAAUGGAAAAGGAGAAAAGAGACGAAAUGAAGUGUUGGUGGGAAACCUGCAAAGCCUGCUGUGUAACAUCAAGCAAUUCAUCCCAGGCAGGAGAGAUGUCCAUGGGGGACAGCGAGGAGGGUUGAUUCUUGGAAGGGUUAGAAGAACAGGAAUGAUUAUGGGCUACACUGACUCUAGAGAAACCCACAUACAAUAUGAAGGUGCUACUCUGGAGAAGAGCAAGACAAAAGAUAACUCUUAGAGAAGCCCGUGGUAUAAAUAAAUACCAAUGAGAAGAGUGAGCAACUGCUGAAGGAAGAAAGAAGAAGCAGCUGGCACAUGCCAUGGAAGGGCCUCAGGGCAACACGUGUGUAAAUCCCUUUUCACAAUUGGCAAGCACACCAGAGAACUUUGUCACUUCAUCUGCAGGAACAUGAUUUCACUUCAGAUGGGUCUGUAGAUCUGGCUUAUCAAUUCUGGGGCUGGGAGACAGCUGAGAACUCGAUUCCCUGGAGCAAGAACUGACACACUGCCAAGCCUUUCCCAGUUUGCCUGGUCUGCCAUCCUCUUGCUGCAACCUAUUUCUGAACAUCAGGAGAGCUCAGAGACUGGAAAAGUGAUGAUAUGCAUGCUCUUGGGAGGGCUCAUCCUCUUUGUCAAAUCUACAAACCAUCACUUAUGGACCUUUCAAAGCUUUGGCUCAUAUCUGGAGUACUUCAGUCUACAAGGUUUGAAACCUUGAGGGAUUCCUUAUUUUUUAUCCAGCUAGGUGAUUUAGAAACCUUUUUAUCCCUAACAUACUGCUAAAAAAGCAAGUUGUGAAAAAAGUUAUUCACAGGCAUGUUUAUGGAGGAGGCUUUAUGAAUGUUUCCUAUGAAAAGCUUGUGGAGACAAGCUUGGGCACAGGAGAUUAUGGGCUCACUGAACUCCACCAAUAAUGAGCCUUUUCUCCCUUGAUUCUCUGUGCUGAUCUGGCUCAGUGGAGUUUCUUGCCAUCUUGUACUUCCUGAGCACCUCCUGAAGUGCUGGAUUCCUUCUGAUGAACUCUUUGAUGACUCUCCUUCCCAGAGGCGAGGUAGAAAGCUUGAGACCCUUCUUGAGAAGUUUUUCUCACUGGUCUUUUACAAUUCAGCUUCAAGUCACUCUCAGAGAUGGGUAUGGGACCUAUGGAUGAUAUUUCUCUGCUCCUCCUCUUCAGGAGUGAAGGCUGUGGCAGCAGGAGCUUGAAAUAUGUGCAAAAGGCAAGUGUGUGGAGGUUGGCUGCUGCACAGCUCCCUCUCUGUGUGGGUCUUCUGUAACAGUGGGAAGUGUUUCACAACAGGAAGAUGGGACUGUGAAACCAUGAGAAGGGAUGGGGGAAUCCAAGGACAGGAAGAACACUUCCAAGUAGGUUAUCGUGUCUAGGUCUCAAUGUGAUCAGUCUCAAGGACAAAUCUCUGUAAGCUGGUAAACAUGCCCUGUGAUCUUAGUCUCCAAUUAGUCUGAAUUCAGCUGAUGAAGAAUACACAAAACUGCUAUUCUUCAGUCAUCUGCUGCUUUCCUUCUGUUGCCAAUGUGGAAGAGGGAGAUGAUCUUUGAACGGUAAGUUCAGUGUUCAGUCAAAGGGAGGAGAGUGAUCAGAAUGAAAUGUUCCUGUUUCUGAGGAUGUCUAAAACAGUGAAACCAUCUGAAGAAAGUGGUUGAAAAGAGGGAUGUGUGUGUGAAAAAUAUAAUUUAGGAUUCCUGUUCUGUCUUUUCUGUCCAUUAUUGUAAAGGACCUUUAAUUUGAGGUAUGGGAGAAAGUUUGCCCUUUGCUAAAGCAGAAGCAGACUGGUCUGUGGACAACUCCACCUGAUAAAUUCUUUGUCCUGAGAGGUGAGAUGCAAGAGAGGAAGAAGAAACAAGCUGGAGGAAAUAAAGUGAUGUAGACCUGCUGUGGGUGUCUGAUGACUUCACCAGAAGUCACACCAGAGACCAACACAUGCAUUUACAUGUCUAGAGGACGAUUCCCAGUUGUGGUUGCAGCAGUUGCCAAACUGUGCUUGGCUCUCAUUUGGUCUUCCCAUGUCUUUAUAUUUCAGCUACACUAAUUACUAAGGGUACAUAUUUUUGCAUAUUCUUUCUGUGAUUCCCUUCCCCGAGAGAGUACGGUUUUUGCAGCUGAGGAGAGAAAUCCCCCUGCACUGCCAUACACACCUCCAGAGUGGCGUGGUCAGUCCCGUUGGCGGAGAACACGACUGCGUGAUGCUGGUGGGUCUUGAGGCGAAAGUGCACGUGCCAGGAGCCAACCUGGGAGUGCUGGUACCAAAUGUAGCUGUGGCCCCCAAACCUCACAGCUGUUCCUGAAAGGAGAAUCAAAGAAAUGUCUCAUUUUUGUGGCACCUUGAGGCUAUGGACUGUAUCAAGCCUUGCCUCUUUUCCUAGCCUGAUGCCACGACUGUUUAGGAGCAGUCCCAUCCACAGCAACCCAUGGAUCCCUGCACUGCAUCUCCCACAGUCCCACUGGGAGCUCCCAGUACUUUUUCUAUGUACUCAGCUGUGAAGCAACCCUGAAAUAUCAGCCUGGCUAUUUUUGUCCUUCAAGGUGCCUUCAGUGUAGUCUACAACACCCUUGAAUUUCUCCAUCCUUACUAAGUUUUUAUAUUCCAUGGUAUCCCCCUAUAUUCCUGCCCUAGUGUUACUGAUCCCUGCUCCCUCCAAUUAUUUCUUGAAGUAUCCUAGAGCCAGUAUAACAAAUAUACUUUAUCUGUCUUUCCUCAAAUUUAUCAGUUACUCUGUGCUUUGCCAGGUCCAGGAUCAAUAUGUGAGAUCACAAAUAAAAAAUUCUGAUCACUGACCUUCA